ACUGUCCGGCGCCUCAGAGAGAGUGUGGAACGCCGCAUCUGCCGGUUGGAAGAAGCACAGGAGCAUAUACGCCGGCAGCAUGCUCCUCGACUGGCUAGACACGCCCUCGAGGUGGCCAGUCUGCGCAGCCUGAUCGCCUACGGCUUGCCGCAACUUGGUCGUGAGAUUGGUCGUGGUCAAUACGGAGUGGUGUAUUCAUGUCAGCAGGCCUGGGCCCGAUUGCCCGGCCCGUUGGCCGUCAAAUCUGUGGUUCCACCCGACGAAAAGCACUGGAAGGAUCUGGCUCUUGAGAUCUACUACUCUAGCGUCAACAUGACUGUUCCAGUAAAGCUGGUCAAGAGGAUUCCGCCGUAA